CCGGAAAUUAAUUAAAUUGGUUAAUUAACGCGAAAAUAGUGCGAAAAGUAAACAAAAUAAUAAUUAGCGGGACUUGGUGUUUAAAGUAAACAAACAUGGAAACAGUGCUAACGCCUCCGUUACCAUUUACUUACGAUCAAAGUUUGUUGAACAUUACUUCGGGCAGUUUAAGUGACAGUUGGAAAAAAUGGAGUAAAGGAUUUCAAAUAUAUUUCGACGCGUGUGAACUUUCUAAAAAAACAUCGGUCAUACAAAUAAAUAUAUUGCUUCAUAUAGUGGGUGAACAGUGCAGGGAAUUGUAUGAACAACUAAAUGUAAAGUGUACAACGGUAGAACAAGUGUUGGACGAAUUUAAGAAAUAUUUUGAACAAAAGAAAAAUCUGACGGUGGAGAGGCAUCGAUUUUUUACAAGAAAUCAGGCAGAAAGUGAAACAAUUGAACAAUAUGUGUUCGAUUUAAGGAAAUUGUCAACUUCAUGUGAAUUUGGAACUUUAUGUGAUUCCUUAAUUAAGGAUAGAUUGAUAUGUGGAAUCACGAGCAAAGCUAUUCGAGAGAGAUUAUUACGCGAAGCCGACUUGACUUUAGAACAAGCUAUGGAGAUAUGUCGAGCGGCCGUAGUAUCCAAAGUGUAUUCUGAAAAUAUCAUUGAAGAAUCGCGGGAGAAAUCGGUACACAAUAUAACGGCAGGUGACAAUAACGGCACAUCACAAGUAAAUAAUAAUGUGUGGCAAAUAUCACAACGAGGAAAUUACGGUCGAGGACGUGGACGGUUCGCGGGGUCGCGCGGCGGCGGCGGCCGCGGCGCCGGGCGCGGUGGCGGCGCCUGGAGCGGGAGCAGCGCGGGCGGCUGGCGCGCGCGCCCGGCGGCCGGCCCGGCGCGGGCGGCGCCCGGCGCUGGCGCUGGAGACAGUGCUCGUGGUGCGAUGGACAACGCGUAUAAUAAACAUCGUAUGUGUAACAAAUGUGGCACAAUGCAUGGAAACUAUGAGUGUCCUGCGUAUGGAAAACGUUGUUUACGGUGCUCGCGUAUGAAUCACUUUUCGCGUGUGUGUGGUGUAUAUCAAAUUGAAGAAUCUGACCAGCAGGACAGUGAUACCACCUAAUAGGUGGGGCGAUUGGAGUACAUAGCUGGAAUUCAAGUACCUACCUACUGCCUGUUGGAUAACCUUUGCCUAUACAUAUUAUAUAAAAAAGAGAAUGUUCAGUUUUAAUGUAAUAGCGGUAUAAUUAAAGUCUAUUAUAGUUUAGGUAAACAUUGAAUAUAUUAAAUAAUAUACCCUAUUAGUUGUAAAUUAUUAAAACACAUUUAGUAUUGUAAAAACAAAAUUGCAUUGUAAAGUAUUCAGUAUGUUAUCAAUGUACCUAAUAACUAUAAGCAUGAAAAAAGUGUAUCAUAAAUAAAUAAAAAUAAUUGUUAAUUAUAAUGAUUGUCAAGUAAUUUAUAGUUAAAAUUCUAAAAAAUAAGCAGUUACUUAUCUAAAACCAGUUUAUAAUAAUGAAUAAAAUUGUAUACUACCUUUUCCUUUACAAUCUAUGAAUGAAUUUGCAUAGGUUUGUUUAAAGUACUAGGUUAGUGGA